UGUUUUACUGUUGGUCUGAGCAGUGGUUGGGGACAGAGUCAAGAGGUUCUCUUUGGUAGUGAAGUUCUUUCAUAAAGUGGGAAACCUUCAAAAUGGGAACCCGAGACGACGAAUACGACUAUCUAUUCAAAGUGGUGCUGAUCGGAGACUCUGGUGUGGGGAAGAGUAACCUGCUGUCCCGUUUCACACGGAAUGAGUUCAACCUGGAGAGCAAAAGCACCAUUGGUGUGGAGUUUGCCACCCGCAGCAUUCAGGUAGACAGCAAGACGAUAAAGGCACAGAUCUGGGAUACAGCUGGACAGGAGCGCUACAGAGCCAUCACCUCAGCGUACUACCGGGGGGCAGUGGGGGCUCUCCUAGUGUAUGACAUUGCCAAGCAUCUAACCUAUGAAAAUGUGGAGCGCUGGCUGAAGGAGCUCAGGGAUCAUGCUGAUAACAACAUCGUCAUCAUGCUGGUGGGCAACAAGAGUGACCUGCGCCACCUCAGGGCAGUUCCCACAGACGAGGCUCGUGCCUUUGCAGAGAAGAAUACGUUAUCAUUUAUUGAAACAUCAGCUUUGGACUCCACUAAUGUGGAAGAGGCGUUCAAGAACAUCCUCACGGAAAUCCACCGAAUCGUAUCACAAAAGCAGAUAGCUGACAGAUCAGCACAUGACGAGUCUCCAGGCAACAAUGUAGUGGACAUCAGUGUCCCCCCCACCACCGAUGGGCAAAAAAACAAAGUACCGUGCUGUCAAAGCCUGUGACACUCAAUACCACUGCCCCACCUCCAUCCCACCCCUCACUCUCUUCAGCUGCUUUUCUCCUGGGUGUUGUGCUGCUGCUGUCUCUAUUCCUCCAUGUGUUUUAGAAGUCUCCUAGAAACUCAGACUUUCUAGAUAACAUUCCUUUUUCACUUUUUUUCUCAUGUUCGUUGUUUGUCUGUAUGCUAUCCUCUUCUAACCUCAACUUGUCUUUUACCAAGUGCUCUGAUUUUUCGGCGGUCUUUUUUUGGGGUCUAUUUUGUAUUCAGGCUCUGAUCAUGUGACCCAAUCCUGUAGAAGGAAUGGUGAGGGAUCAGUUUGUCCUGAGCUUUCGGGUCAAUUCUAGAUGGGAUACAGCUUGUGUCAAAAUUGACAUCAAGUUGAAAUAUUUUGCAUUUUAGCUAACCCGAACCCUUUUCCUAAAACCCAAUUAUCCUAACAUGCCAUGUUAGUUAUCCUAACCUGCUGUGUAAAUUCUCCUAAUCUGCUACGAAAAGUACAUUUUCACAAAAGCUGUAUCCCUUCUAGAUAAAACCGAGCUUCUGGUUGCCUCCUUGCUGUCCUCGGAGACCCUGUCUUGAGUGUGGCAUGAAAGGAGCAAGAACAGGGACCUGGGUAGUGACAAACUUGGGCUGAUAUGUGUUUCAGAAAAUUGUGAAUUUUAUUUUUUGUUAAAGUCUGAGGUUCACAGAGAUACCAAAGUGUGGCUGAAAUCAUUUUCAACCUGAAAUAAUCUCAUCUAAACAGUAAACUUGCAGAGAGGUACAUUUGUCAAGAUUGGACUUUUACCAAUUGUUUCAUGUGCUUUGUUUCACUGUUAGCUGCUGCCACUGUUCUCUCUGUCAUUAGAUUAUACUUGGAACUGAUCCAGUAGUCAGACUACAAUUGAAAGCAAAAGUGAAUAUGAAACUUGUGUCCUGCUGAUCAUUUCAAUGGAACUCGCCAUGUAAAAUCAACAACUAAUUCUGAAUGACUAACGUCUUCAAAUCCCAACACUUAGCUUGGUUUUGUUUGUGGGGGGGGCUAAUAAAACACUGCAAUAUCUAGGGUGGAGAAUGCUAUCAUUGCUUCACUCUAGUCAAACCAUGAAAGUGUCUCAAAUUUGAGUUGACAGUGGAAUUUAAGGAAGGAUGGUUGCCUUUGUAUGGUUGGCUAUAAUGCCUUAUCUCCCCUUUCUAGUAGAAUUGCCUUUUUGGCAGUGUGGUCACAAGUAUGUAAUUUUCUGUCACAGGUCCAACUUUUAAUUCAAUAAACAAAUCUGUUCAUCUGCCUUUUCAUCAAGGAACAUUGAAAUGGAAAUAAACCAAAUUCAUGUCACGUUGGCAGACAUUUUCUUUGAAUAAACAGAACUCUCUUCUCAAGUCUUGUAAUUAAGUGCUGAAAAUGUCCUGCAGAACUUCUAUUGGUGUAUGUAUAGCAUAUAACAUUGAAUGCUUGAUACAGAAAUACAUGUUCACAUAACUGCUACCAGUAGGAAGUAGGAGAACCAAUAUCAUCUCAAAUGCAAUUUGAGACUUAUUUACAGAUUUUGAAGAAUUGAAUGCACAGAUGCCCAAAAAAUAUGAAAUGUAAUGGUAGACUUAUGCAAUAUAGACUUGGUUGAACACUUUGAAGACUUUACUUCAAGAUACAGUACAUGCUCACCAGAAAAUAGUGUUAAUUAGAUAUUGUGCAACUUUGAUGAAAUGUCUGAAUGUGAAUCUUUUUUUCUUUAUUUUUUUACUAUAUGCCUGAUCAGCUUUAGAUUAAUUAAUUUCAGUCAAUGAUUAAAAAAAUGUUUUAUCCAUGAUUUAUGCACAUGAUGAAUGAUACCACACAUUCAACUACUCUAAUACAAGGAAGACAUACUGAAUUACAGCAGGUCUUUUUUAAAGGGUAUUACAUUCGUUUUAUUAAAUGUUUACGCGCAAUCCACUAUGUAAAUAUAGCAAGUCGCUUUUUGUUCGUGAUGAAUUAAACGUGGGAGGCCUACAUUGGCAUACAAAAUGUGUGCUUGCUUCUGGUGUUAAUGUACAUUUGACAAAAUAAAGGUCCCUUCCAUAUGGAAAAAAGUAUUGUA